AAUACAAAGCGAGGAGUCAAGGAAAUACAGGUUGCGGCUUGGUCCUUGUAACCACCCAGCACUAAACCACCUUAACUUCCAUCUCCAUCCUCGCUGCCCUUUCUGCUUCCAGAUCUCACCACACACGGCCUUCUACUGCGACUGGGCGAGUAACGGCACUUCACGGGGAAACCACACUGGAAUCACUGCCGAAUAGUUAGAUUGGGGUUAUGAACUCAAUCACACAUCUCGAAAACUAGCAAUUUGCAUCAGUAUCUAGCUUAUAUCAACCAGACAUAGCAUAGCUCUGUUCUUCUACCAUCCGAAUCACUCACUCGGUCUGCUACUUGAAACACAAUGGCGCAACGAAAGCUGCAACAGGAGAUCGACCGUGUACUGAAGCGCGUUGCCGAGGGCGUCCAGGCGUUCGAUGCUCUUUACGACAAACUCAUGAUGACCACAAAUCAGUCACAGAAGGAGAAGCUCGAGCAGGACCUUAAGCGUGAAAUCAAAAAGCUUCAGCGCCUACGAGAUCAGAUCAAAUCAUGGCUGAGCGGUAACGAAAUCAAGGACAAAAAGCCUCUUGUUGAUCAACGGAAGCUUAUCGAGUCGGAGAUGGAGCGGUUCAAAGCCUGUGAGAAAGAAAUGAAGACAAAAGCCUAUAGCAAAGAAGGUCUCAGCGUGACCCGUCUCGACCCGCGUGAGAAAGAAAAGAUGGAGAUGGCGAACUUUAUCACGUCGAUGAUUGAGGAUCUUGACCGACAGGUGGAGCAGAAAGAGGCUGAGCUCGAACUGCUGCAAGCGACAGUUAAGCGUGGAAAGAAGGACACUUCGAAAGCUGAGCGGAUAGCGGAAAUCGAAAGCAGAAUCGAGCAGCACAAGUGGCAUCAGGGGAAACUCGAGGUUAUCUUGCGCUUGCUGGAAAACGGAAAUCUUGAGGUCGAUCAGGUAGCAUCGAUACAAGAAGACAUCAAGUAUUACGUCGAAUCGAACCAGGACGCGGACUUUGCCGACGACGACGAGAUGUACGAUUCUCUCAAUCUCGAAGAAGACGAGGAACUCUUCGGAAUGAACGACAACGACCACCAGGAUUCGCACUCUGUUCACGAAGAGGAAGAGAAGAAGGAAAUUAAUACACCCACUGUUCCACUGCUGGUAGCCAAAAAGGCAGAAGCGACAAGUGUGCGCAAGGUGUCAGGCAAGACUUCGACCAGUAUACCUAGCUCUGUUGCUGCAAAUCCGCCGCCUGCUGCUGCGACCGCGUCGGCAUCUACUAUCACUAGCACAACAAUGAAGCCUGCACCGGCUCCGCGGUUGGGUGAAGGUCUGAAGUACGCUUCAGCAGCGGCCGCAGCAGCGGCCGCGGCAGCUAGUAAUACACCGGGUCUUGCUCCACUUCCUCCUCCCCCUUCGGGUACAGCGGCGGCGGCUAGCAAAUCUUCAGGGGAGAAGACGCAGGGAACAACAGUGUCGCGAUCUACUUCGGCUGUAUCGUCACCACUGACAUCAUUCUCAACAGUAGCCACUGCCGCAACGGCUCAGAACGGAUCUAGCGAGAAAGCCGCGACAAGUACGGCCGAGCCUGAAUCUCAGAAGGCUUCCGUACCUGCUGCUGCUGCUCCCGCGGCCUCUAAUGAUUCUGCAACAUCUGCUGCCUCAUCGACCACGCAGAAAGAUGGUGCAUUCAAUAUGAAGGAGAUGGAGGCUGCGCUGAAAAAAUCCACUGAAAGCCUGGAUUCUCAGCAACGCGAAAAGACACCUGAUCUGGUGCAGUCUGGGACUACGACUUCUUCUGAGAGGCCUGCGCUGCCUCUGCCGAACGGUCUGCAAGAUUUGGCAACUGCGUUUGAGACUGCAAAGGAAAGAGUACAGAACCCGCCGUCCCCAGAAGCGAUAAGCAAGAUGGUUGAGGCGUCGUUCAGAAGCUGUCCAGAGGCGGUAGAUGCCGACAAGCCGAAACACUACGUGCCCAAGACACCGUUCCCGACUGCGUCGUAUUUCCCACAGGAACCACUGGCUGUCUUUGACGAUCCAUUGCUGUACGAGAAAGUCGACAUCGACACGUUGUUUUAUGUAUUUUACUACCGGCAAGGAACGUACCAGCAGUACCUAGCCGCACAGGAGUUGAAGAAGCAGAGCUGGAGAUUCCACAAGAAGUUUUUGACGUGGUUUCAGCGGCACGAAGAGCCAAAGGUGAUCACCGAUGACUACGAGCAGGGCACAUAUCGGUACUUUGACUUUGAAGGCACCUGGCUGCAGAGACGGAAGGCGAACUUUGAGUUUGAGUAUCAGUAUUUGGAGGAUGAGAUGUAAUGUGUCUUAUGUAUGUUUUGUUUUUUUGUUAUAUUUACUUUUGGUGUAUUCCUAUUACUGUUUCGACUGUGUUUUAUUAUCAUUUUGGUUAUAGUUAUGAGUCUGGGGUGAAUUAAAACUUCGGCAGUUGCCGUUCAAUAGACAAAA